AUGUCCUCGCAACUCCCGUCGGGAUUCGCCCAGUACAAAGCCGCCACAGGCUACUCAGGGAAACCAGAUGACCUGAACAAUCCUGAUGGCGAACAACAACUCACCUUCAAUGGAUGUUUCGUGGAUGUCCAAGAGAUUUAUCAGGACGACAAAUUUAUCACAUUGAUAAAGUCAGGCUCCGCAUUCAAGCAUGAGAAUGAGAAGCGGGCUCGAUUCGAUGAUUAUUCUCUGGUCCUCCGUAGGAUUACCGACACAAAAGGGAACAAGAAACCCAAACUCCAACUCGAAAUUCAGUCCAAAUGCCUUCGUACUGCUUUCGCCAAGAUUGCAAGUAACAUAACAACCAUCGCACUCAAGAACGAUCCAAUCGUCAUUCCGGAGCCAUAUCAAGAGAUUUACUAUUCCCUUGACAAAAUCGAAAAAGCCCUGGAGGAUGCCAAAGAUACCGAGACCAAGACGGAACUGCGGCUUCUUGUCAACUUUCAAGAAGAGUUUAUGAAAGAAACGAUCAGAAUGUGCAAGCAGUUCGACCGUCACAGAUACAUUGAGUUCCAAUGGCUUUGGUCAAUCUUCCCACCUGGAGAACCUGUAAUUAUUGAGAAUCCCUCGGCAACAGAUGCACCGAUACAGUGGUGCGCUGCCGUAAAGAAGUUCCAGUUAGAAGUUCAUGACACUGGAGUGGCUAUAUGGAGCAUCACCGUCACCCACAGCGCAUUCAAUGGAUGGAGAUUUGGGAAAGCUGAAUCAUAUUUCCAAUUUCCUUCUUUUACUGGGACUAAGGGUAUCACUGAACUCCCCGCAUAUCCACUGCGAUUUGCUGAAGAUAGGGAUGAGGUCUUGAGAAAAGCUCUUGAACGCGGCAAAGCUUACGAGAAUUAUUGCCUGAAUAGUUCUAAAAGGGAUGAGAAGGUGAACGGCACACCAAGUUGGCAUGAAGGCCCUAUGUGGCUGCAACGAAAGCCGGGGGAGCUGACCGGAUGUCGUAUUAUAGAUCUCCCCACUAGAACCGUGAAGGGAAGGGUUAUUGUCGACUUUGAAGGCUUCUAUGCGCGAUUCCCGGAAUUUAGACAUAUCUUGAUUUUCGAUCAUAGCAAAGAAGAGCAGGUGGAGGAGGAUAACGGUUCAGAUUACUAUUUUGAGCAUAGGAAACGUUAUGCGUUAAGACGGGCUAUGACGGAUCGUUCAGUAUCAGGCCUAGGCGCUCCCGAUACGGAACCAUCACUCUCGGAUGAAGAACUCGUCACAUUCGCUCCAAUGGUUCCAGUUUAUUCUUUCUCGGUACGUGUCUGGGGUUUGAUCUUUAUUGAUCAACUCCAAACUAUCCAGUGGGAUAGAGAAGCUUUUGGUUCGCUUCAGGUUGAUGAUGAGAUCAAAGACGCCAUUCAAGGAUUGAUACGAGGAUUCUCAAGUCAUGCUACAGAGUUUGAUGAUUUCAUCGACGGGAAGGGUGGUGGACUGGUGUUCUUGCUGCAUGGCCCUCCAGGAUGUGGCAAGACGAUGACAGCUGGCAAGUUGGCGCCCUUUGUACCCAGAUCGAUGCUAACUAUUCUCGCUGCAAAGAAAGCAUUUCAGAAGAUUCACAGAAACCUCUCUAUCAUAUAA